AUGUUCUCAUUUUUUUCAAUUAUUUUUAUUAUAUUCACGAUUAUUGUUAAGUCAUACGGAAAUCCAGUUUAUAACAUCAAUAAUAUUACUGAUGUUGAUAAUUCCGACUCUCAAUCUAAUGUUUUAUGUAAUGAAAAUGAUUUAUUAACUGACAAUAACAAUUUAUUUGAACUUUUAAAUACCGAUCGAUAUUGGUUUGUAUUAGCUCGAAGUAAAUUUAUCUAUGAUGAACAAACAUGGAACAAUGUUCUUAUGCAAACGUCAACAACAAUGAAUGAUACAAUUUAUUUAGAAUUUAUUCGAGAGAAUAGCAAUGGUUCUUGUGUUAAUUCUCAAAAAGGUCAGAUUGUAUCAAAUACAAAACCAAAUCGAGUAUCUGUUUAUUGGUCAAAUGAAAAAGGCUUUCUUGAAAUAAUUUUUAUUGAUGAAGCUAUGAUACAUUUUAUGCUUUGCUAUUCAAUUGAGUUAAAUCAAACUGAUGUUUGUGUUCAUAAUCAAAGUGAACAUUUUGUUAUUCAAAAUAAUGAACAAAAACAUGAAAAUGAUACAAUGUUAUGGUUAAAAUCUCAUUGUUCUUCAAUUAAUCCAGACGAUUUCAUUGUUAAUGAUAAUCCAAAAAAAUGUGUACCCGUUGCUUUUCAACCAGAAGUUGUUGAAAGUGAUACUGUUGAACAACCAGCUGAGACAAGUAGCCAAAAAAUUUUUGAAACGACAUAUUUGCGAGUUAUUGAACAAGAAAUUGUUACAGUAACACCAAUGCCUGAAUUUGAUUUUACUACACGUACAAAUCGAACAAAUCGAUUAGAAGUUCUUGAAGAAUAUUACAAUAAUGUGACUACAAAUUCAACAAAUGAAAAUCAACUCGAAGAAACAAUACCAAUGAAAACCAAACAGAUUGUUGCACUUACAAUGAACACAUCAUCUAGCGAACAAUCCAAUCAAACAAAUCUAACUAGUGUCGAACAAAAUGUUUUAGAACCUGUUGCAAAUGAAACAGUUGAUAGAGAAGCUCCAGUGUUUGUAUUGGAUAAAGCGGUUAUGACUGAAACAACAACAGAAGUUUUACCGGAUAAUCCAGAAACUACACAAAGUUUUUCUACUCGAUUAUUGGAAAAGAAUGAAUCGACUGAUGUCAAUAUGCAUACUACCACUGUAGUUAAUCCUGCAACCGUAUCUGUUAGUUCAACUACUGAAAAAGAAAUUUUAAAUAAAUCUAUGACAUCUCUUCAUGUCGAAGAUUCUACUAUGUUAGUCAAUACAGAUUAUGAAAGAAGUACUACUAUAGUUGAAACUAUAAUCGAAUUAACUACUACUGAAACAACUACAUCAACAACUACCGUAUCUGCUGAUUGUCCAGUUCUAAAAGAUUGUCCAUUUGAUUAUUGUACUUUUGCUCGCAAAUUUGAUAUUCAUGGAUGUCCAACAUGUAAUUGCAUUCAAGCAAAUAAAUCAAACAUUAUCUGUCCAACAUUAACUUGUCAAGAAUGUCUAUAUGGGCAUUAUACCGAUCCUUAUGGAUGUCCUAUUUGCCAAUGUCAAAAUCGUCCAUAUCCACCAUUAGGUGAACGUUGUCCACAAUUAAAUUGUGAGCCAUGCUAUUUUGGUACAGUUAAAGAUGAAUAUAAUUGUGAUACAUGUGUAUGUAUUCGACCUAAUAGUCAAGAAUGUCCUGUACUUAAUUGUACAUUUGGAUCAUGUAAAUAUGGUUCAGUUAAAGAUGAAGAUGAUUGUCCAACAUGUGAUUGUUUAUUACCAACAAUAAAUACAACGGAAGUUAAUUGUUCAACUCCUGUUUCAUGUCCUCCAUGUCAUCUUGGCUAUGUAACUGAUGCUGAUGGAUGUCAAACAUGUCAGUGUAAAUUUCGUGGUAGUGCUCCAUGUGUAUCAAUAUCAUCUAAUUGUCAAUGUGAAUAUGGAUCCUAUUUAAAUUCUGAUGGAUGUGAAACAUGUUCAUGUUUACCUGAUCCAAAUAGUGCUUCACGUCAAGCAUGUUGGGAAUUAAUGAAUGAAGCAAAAUUUUAUAAUGCAUCUGGACCAAAAUGUUCAUCAGAUGGAUCAUUUUAUGCUCGUCAAUGUGAUAUAUCACAAAUGAAAUGUUGGUGUGUUACACCUACUGGUAUUCGUAUUAAUGGAUUUGAAUCAAAACCAGAAGAAAAUGUUAAUUGCGGUUGUGCUGUCGAAUUAUAUCAAGUAUCAAGUCUUCGUAUGAUUGGUCAUCAUUUAUUAUGUUUAUUAAAUGGAAAUUAUGCUCCUAUUCAAUGUGAUGGUCGUUAUUGUUCAUGUGUUGAUGAAAAUGGUAAAUUAAUUGGACCAACAGUAUCAAUUCAAAAUCGUGAUCAACUUCGAUGUGUUGGUGUUUAUCAACAACUUCAUCCAGAACGAUUUUUAUUACAUCGAGCAAUUAUUGAACAAGCUAAUGGUACUUCAUUUCCUUAUGGAAUAUCUUCAUCAUUAUGUUUAACACAUCUCGAACAAGUUCGCAAUGCCAAGGUUAUUGAUGAUCAUAUUCUUAUUCCUGUAUGUGAUGCUAAUGGUUUAUAUGCAUCUGUACAAUGUGAUCAAAGCGAACGAUAUUGCUGGUGUGUAGAUAAGAAAACAGGUGUGGAAAUGGAUGGUACACGUCGACUUAAUGCUCGACCUAAUUGUAACAUUAUCUAA